GAUGCUUGGACUCCCCCGCAUUGUCCAAGUGUGACAGGUCAAAGAGAAGGGUUAAAUCAGAUCUAAAAGGACAGGUCUUUGAUGGCAGGUCAGCGACGGAUCCAAAAAAUGAAAGGUUAUGGGAUAGCUUAUUGAUUCAAAAUGGACAGGUCAGAUAGAAAGGCUUCAGGACAGUUAUAUUUCAAAACACAUACUACCUCCGUCCCAGAAUAUUUGUCCACUUUCAUUUUUACACACCAUCCAAUACACUUCUUUAAUCCAUUUUAUCUUAUAAUUUGUAUAUUAAAAAAUUAUAGAAAUUAUAUAUUAAUAAUCUAUAUGUUAAGACAAAUCAAACAAGAUCACGCAUGACUAUAUUUAGGCUUACACAUUGAGAGAAUUUGAUGAGUCAAAGUGCUUAGAUGAACAAGAGAGAUAUAUACUGUCACAAUAAUGGAAGGAAUCCAUGUUCAAGUUCCCGGAACUCUCACUCAUUGCAGCAGUGGAAGAAGAAGAAGCAGCGUCUCAAGCUCCCCGGAAUUCGAGUUUUGGAUGCUCCGUAACCCCUCUCUGCCCCAGCCCGACCUUCUCUCCGCCGACGAGCUUUUCUCCGAUGGCCUCCUCCUCCCGCUCGACCUUGUCCCGCAUGACCACCCCCGGGUCCCCGAUGAAUCUCCCGGUGAAAACCCCUCGGUGUCUCGUACGGAGAUGCCGGAGGGAACCGGGUCGGACGGACCCGAUGUUUCCCCUGCGGUGGUGACUGGCUCCUCCGCUGCGUCGGCGGUCGGUAGUUCGAAACGGUGGAGGGAUAUUUUCAAGAAGGGCGAGAAGAAGAGUUCGAAGGGGGGAAACGAAGAGACUGUCAAGGAGAAGAAGAGAGGCGGCUUGGGUGGGGGCGCGAGCGCGGCGGAGCUGAAUAUAAACAUCUGGCCGUUUUCGCGGAGCAGAUCGGCGGGUAACGGCGGAGCACGGCCGCGCGUGGGUGCCGGAUCUGGGUUGGCUCAUCGGAAGGUAAGUAGCGCGCCGUGUUCGCGUAGUAACUCCGCAGGGGAAUCCAAAUCGAGGAAAUGGCCCGCAAGCCCGACCCGAGUCAGGGUCCAUCUGGGCCGGAGCAGCCCGGUCUGGCAGGUUCGCCGCAGCGGCAUAUCCACCGGUCGGAGCAUCGAGAAUCCGUCGAAAUCCGGCGACAAGGCUCUCAAAAAGGAAGGCGAACUCGAUAAGAUCCCCAGUAAAGACGUUCCCGUUUCGAAACCCGUCAAAAGAGAAGGAACCGACGGUCGCCGGAAAAACUCCGCCGCCGCACACGGCGGCGCGACGAAUGGUGUGCCCAAAGCUCGUGUGCUCAACUUGAACGUUCCCAUGUGUAUCGGGUACCGAAACAAUCUGAGUUGCAGGAGUGACGUAGGCCGAAGUACCAUGUCAGCCUCUGCCGCAGCCGCAUCUGACGACGGCGAUGGCGGUGGCGCCGGAGUUUCCGGCGAAGCGGUUAGAGGAAGUCAUUUAUUUAAUAUACGAAAUCUGUUUACUAAGAAAGUAUAUUAAAUUAUUAAUUAAUUACGUUUAACACAAGUCCAAGAUUUAUUCCAAAAUAAACAUUCAACAAACACAAGAUCCCAAAUAUCAAGUCACACCAGUUUAAAAAAUCCUCAAAGAGAAAAUCCAGACCCAAAAUUCAUCCAUGGUAGAGAAAAGCUCUCAAAUCUAUUUCAGAUCCGAAGAAGCAAGGCACACUCCUUCCGAUAUGACGAAGAUGGUGCCAUUUUUCCCAGAUUCGGUGAAGAUAUUAGA